UCCUCAUCUCUGAAAUUUUCUCAGAAAUCAAGAUAAAGAUUUAGAGAAGAAGAAGAAGAAGAAGAACAAGAAUAAAAGUUUAGAGAUUUGGUUUGUAUUCAAAAGUGAUAAAUCAUAGCAAGGGUUUUUCUUUAAUCAAUCUAAAAUGGCUUCAAGGGUUCAAAAACAUCAACAAGAAGUCAGAGGUGAAGCACUUGCAGGUGUAAACAAGAACGUGAAGAAAAAUGCAGCAGCGGGUGAAGGAAAAAACCGCCGUGUUCUUGGCGAUAUUGGUAAUCUUGUUACUGUUAGAGGAAUGGAAGGCAAACCUCAGCCAAGUCGCCCCAUUACUAGGAGUUUCUGUGCUCAAUUGCUUGCCGCUCAAGCUGCGGCAGCUUUAGAGAACAACAAGAAACAAGUCUGUGUCAAUGUGGAAAAGGUGCCUGCUGCUGGUGUUGAUGGAGUGGAUGCGGUGGGUAGGAAAGUUGCAGUGAAAAAGCCAGCACAGAAGAAAGUUACCGUGAAGCCAAAGCCUGAAGAGGUGGUUGUCAUAAGCCCCGAUAGUGAAGAGGUUGUUAAGCAAGAGAAGCCAGUGAAGAAGAAAAAGGAAGGAGAAGGAUCUACAAAGAAGAACAAGCCAACUCUUACUUCAGUCCUCACUGCUAGAAGCAAGGCUGCUUGUGGUAUUGCAAACAAAUUAAAGGAGCAUAUCAUUGAUAUUGACGCAGCAGAUGUUAACAAUGAUUUGGCUGGGGUUGAAUACGUUGAGGACAUCUACAAGUUCUACAAGCUAGUUGAGAAUGAGAGCCGGCCUAAUAAUUACAUGGACAUGCAGCCUGAGAUAAAUGAGAAAAUGAGAGCCAUUCUUGUGGAUUGGUUGGUUGAUGUCCACCAGAAAUUUCAGCUCUCACCUGAGACUUUUUACCUCACAAUCAACAUCAUUGAUAGGUUCCUUUCAGUAAAGACAGUUCCAAGAAGGGAAUUGCAGCUCGUGGGCAUCGGUGCCACACUUAUGGCUUCCAAGUAUGAAGAGAUAUGGGCUCCUGAGGUAAACGACUUGGUGUGCAUUUCAGACAGAGCUUACAGUCAUGAACAGAUUCUAGUUAUGGAGAAGACAAUAUUGGCAAACCUGGAAUGGACAUUGACAGUGCCUACACACUAUGUAUUCCUUGCUCGUUUCAUCAAGGCAUCAAUUCCUGAGAAGGAAGUGGAGAACAUGGUCAAUUUUAUAGCUGAGUUGGGCAUGAUGCAUUAUGACACUACCAUGUUUUGCCCAUCAAUGGUUGCGGCCUCAGCGGUUUAUGUGGCUCGAUGCACCCUAAACAAAACCCCUUUCUGGACAGACACCCUAAAGAAGCACACUGGUUUCUCGGAACCACAACUUAAGGAUUGUGCUGGAUUGCUAGUGUAUUUCCACUCUAAAGCCGCAGAACAUAGACUUCAGACUGUGUACAGGAAGUACUCAAAGCCUGAGAGAGGAGCUGUUGCCCUACUUCCACCAGCCAAAAAUCUCUUGCCUGGUGGAUUGAGUUAAUGAAGAUCACCAAGCUUUUAUUUCGAAAUUCACAUUGCUUUAUGUGAGAAGAAAAUAUAUAUCUGGACCAGAUUGUUGGAUUAGAUUAAUUUGUUUGUUGCUCCCCCUAAGAGCAAUAAUUUUUUUUCUCCUGAUAUUA